AUGAGGCAGAUCUAUUUUAAAUUCCUUCACGGGUUCUUUCUCUUAUGCAUGAGCUUGAGCACCUUUGGAGAUGAAUCUGAUCACCUGGCUCUGCUAGACUUGAAGAAAAGAAUAACUGAAGAUCCUCUGCAUAUCAUGAGCACAUGGAAUAGUUCCAUCAAUUUCUGCAGCUGGGUUGGCGUUACAUGCAACCAUUCCAACAAAAGAGUCGUGACUUUGAACCUGGAAGCUCAAAAGUUGGCAGGCUCCCUACCACCUUCUAUAGGAAAUCUUACUCAUCUCACUGGAAUUAACUUGAUAGACAACAACUUUCAUGGUGAAAUUCCUCAAGAAAUGGGACGUCUACUGCGCCUGCAAUAUCUCAACCUGACUUCCAAUUCCUUUGGUGGGAAAAUUCCAAGUAACAUAUCUCACUGUACACAGCUGAGAGUGCUUGAUGUUGGUUCCAAUAAGCUUAUUGGGUCCCUUCCGGAUCAACUCAGUUCAUUGUUGAAUUUAACUCAUCUAUGGGUUGAUGAAAACAAUCUCACUGGAACUUUCCCAGAUUGGAUAGGAAACUUUUCUUCUUUGUAUGCUAUUUCUCUUGCCCACAACAAUUUUCAAGGAAACAUACCGAAUGAGCUCGGGCGCUUAACAAGCUUGGGAAGAUUUCUGCAUGGAGAGCUGCCAAAAGAUGUGGGGAUCACUCUUCCUUAUCUCCAGAUAUUUGCUGGUGGUGUCAACAAAUUCACAGGUAAUAUUCCUGUAUCCUUGUCAAAUGCUUCUAGACUUCGAAAGCUUGAUUUUGCUGAAAAUGGUCUCACUGGGAAACUCCCAGCUGAAAUUUUGGAAGCUUGCAAAGCUUAUCUAGACUGA